GUUGCGCGGUUGGCUUUGCAGCGUUUUGCGGGCGUCGGCUCACUUGACAGCAGUCUACCCAGAUCAAACAAGAGACCAUUACAUAGGCUAAUGUAGAAGGCCAUUGACGUAUAAUUUGAAAACCUAAUAUCUUGAUUUUAAAUUCCAAGAACAACUACCUGCAUCAGCUUGAAUGCUUCAUGUAACCUAUGCUUGAAAGCAUUCCUCUUCCGGCUACAGACACUAGUGAGCACGCGCGUGCUCCGCAACAGCGAACUGGUGCUGAAGCUGAGGAGGAGGCGCGCGCAUCAUAUGAGCGCAUCGCAUUACAUCACUUUGCUACGACGUGAUUGGCUGAAGGUCAAUGCGUACUUCGCUCGCGGACGAUCGCGUCCUAGUCUAACCAUAUAUCUCGACUCGAGACGAUAAUUAUUAUCGCUCUCAAAACAAAUCUAAUUAUAACCUUUCAAUUGAUUACACAUAUACUGUCGUUCGGUGCCCGUUUUGAGGAUGGCCGAGAGCGAGGCAGACACGCCAAGCACCCCGAUAGAGUUUGAGAGCAAAUACUUCGAGUUUGAUGGAGUACGACUUCCACCCUUCUGCAGAGGAAAGAUGGCGGAGAUCGCCAACUUCUCCCUCAGAAGUAGCGACAUAUGGAUUGUCACGUAUCCCAAGUCAGGUACCAGUCUACUUCAGGAGGUGGUGUAUCUGGUGAGUCAGGGGGCGGACCCAGAUGAGAUUGGUCUGAUGAACAUCGAUGAGCAGCUUCCUGUUCUGGAGUACCCUCAGCCUGGCCUAGACAUCAUACAGGAGUUGACGUCUCCUCGUCUGAUAAAAAGCCACCUGCCCUACCGCUUCCUGCCUACAGCCAUGCACAAUGGAGAGUCCAAGGUGAUCUACAUGGCGAGGAACCCUAAAGAUCUUGUGGUGUCUUACUACCAGUUCCACCGCUCCCUCAGAACCAUGAGCUACCGCGGAACCUUCCAGGAGUUCUGCAGACGCUUCAUGAACGACAAGCUGGGAUAUGGUUCCUGGUUUGAGCACGUGCAGGAGUUCUGGGAGCAUCGCAUGGACUCAAACGUCCUCUUCCUGAAAUAUGAAGACAUGUACAAAGACCUGGGGACGUUGGUGGGGCAGCUGGCGAGGUUCCUGGGUGUCUCGUGUGACAAGGCCCAACUGGAGACCAUGGUGGAGAGCUGCAACCAGCUCAUAGAGCAGUGCUGCAACUCAGAGGCCCUCUCCAUCUGCAGGGGUCGCGUGGGACUGUGGCAGGACAUCUUCACCGUGUCUAUGAAUGACAAGUUUGACACGGUGUAUAGACAGAAGAUGGGCAAGUCUGACCUGACCUUUGACUUCGGCCUGUGAGGACCGGACCGACUGACCACAACGACACGAACACGGACUACACUCCUCCUCCUGCUGCCUAAACACUGUACACUCCUCUGCCUCUCUUCAUCAAUCAAUCAAUCAAUCAAUCAAUCACGUAUUGGAUAUAAUGUAUAUAUCAAUCGCUCCACCGCCAAAGACUAUAGCUGUCAAUCAACCAACCAAUCAAUCACCCAAUAAAUGUGUCAGUCAACACACCAAUCAAUCAAUAUAAAGAUUGCAUCCUUAAAAAGCUCACAAAUCAAUUUUGAUUUAUCAAUCAAUCGGUCAGUUUCUCAGCCAAUCAGCGAGAUCCUGUUUUAGCCCAAUGUGGCACAGAUCCCAUCCCCCACCCCCAUCUAUGUCCCCCCUCUCCGCCCAUCAUUCCAUUCCUCUUCAGUAUGUACCGCUGUGUAUGUAUACCAGUGCUCUUUAGCGAGUUGUGUAUGUGGCAGUGGCCCAAAACCUGAGGGAAACGCAUGGAAGUUUGUGGCGCCGUCGCCAAACCAAUACAGAGGAAGCUUCCACAUCUCGUUCAACACUUAACGUUGAGACAGUGUUAUGUUUUUUAAACGCUGUAUGAAUGCUAUGGUGGGGUAUCAUAAGUCCAGCUCAGAGUCAAGUAUAGAGACCACCCAUGACUGCCCUUUGAUACAGAGCAAGUGUUCAGUUUUGGCUGUAUCCAGGUCAGUUUCUAUUUGACCUAGUCCUUCAUUUUAGCGUUUUUCACUUUCAGUACAUUACAUAGCUUGUUUGUUACAAAAAGGCUUUCAAUGGGCAUUAGCUUAAUCAGCACUAGACUUUUUGUAACAGCCUUUCUUGCUGAAGUGAAUGGGGAUGAAUGGGGAUGUGAGUGUGUGUGUGUGUGUGUGUGUGUGUGUGUGUGUGUGUGUGUGUGUGUGUGUGUGUGUGUGUGUGUGUGUGUGUGUGUGUGUGUGUGUGUGUGUGUGUGUGUGUGUGUGUGUGUGUGUGUGUGUGUGUGUACAUGCUCGUGUGUGAGCAAAAUCACAAAAACAACACAUCACAACUGCCUUUCAUAUCAGUUCUGUUUGUUCAUGCUGCUAAAGUGAUGCCUUUCUCUGUCCUCAGGCCCAUAGCCACCUAUAGAGUUAAUGUACUACACUGAGACAACAGAGUAUCCCUCCAUGUUACCAGCAUUCUCUGUGUGCUAUCCCCCAAGUACAUGUCCCUUCAGACUGGAUCCAAAGUUGGAUGGAUGGAUGUAUUCAUCCCUCCCCAAAGGUUAGGCAUCAAAACAUCAUCGCCCUCUGUUUGUCAUCAGAGCCCCCUUUCUCUUCUAUUGCUUACAUCUCUUUCUCUUCCUCCUCUCCGCUGUAAAUGCCCUCAGACAGACCAGUAGACCCUCCCCUCCCAACCCCUCUGCUCUGCUGGACACUUGUGAAUGUGUUUAUUGAUGUGGAUGUAACAACCUCAACAGACCCCUCCCACAGGCUCAGUUCUCUGCUUUAGGACUUCCCUCUUUCACUUUCUCUCACUCACUCACUCUCUCUGUCUCUCUGUUUCUCUCUCUCUGUGUGUUUCUCUCUCUCUGUUUCUCUCACUCUCUCUCUGUUUCCCUCACUCUCUGUAUCUCUUUCUCUGUUUCUCUCUCUCUGUUUCUCUCACUCUAUCUGUAUCUCACUAGCGAUUCAAUUCAAUUGGCUUUAGAAACAUGUGUUUACAUUGCCAAAGCAAGUGGAAUAGACAAUAAACAAAAAGGGAAAUAAACUCUCUUUUGUCAGCUUUUUCUCUCAUUCUCUCUGUUUACGACUUUUGGCAAUCCUGCUGCAGCCCACCUCCACAAGGGUAAUGUGGUGUACUGUUUGUUUGGUUUUUAUAUGCCUGUAGGGUUGUCCUAACCUGGGCAUAAUGAAUCGUACUUUACAUGCUUGCUUGCUGGUUUAUUAAUAAAGUUAUGUAUUCAGGACAA